GCCACUGUUAAAAAGUGCACGGUCAAACGAUAGUGACAAGUGCUAUCACCCCCUGAGCAGUGAGCGCUUGAGCAGGCUGGUUCGUCGAGCCUUCAGGGGUAGCCGAAAGGAAUUAUUGGUAGGCGUUGGAUUUCUGGGGAUGUCACCCCGCAGUCUCCAGAACCGUUCUGUCAACUUAUGGAUUAUGAUAGGUUAAGAGGCAUGAAAGCUGUAGCUACUGUAUUCGGUUGGUGCCGCUGCCGAGCCAGUGCAGCUGGAAUGCUGAAUUUCGGAUCAGGGGUUGUACUGGAGAGAACGAGGACUGAACGUGCCUAUGUUCUUGAUAUGAGAUACUAUCUCUUCUUCUCAAAUGGUAGCUGACCGUGCGCGUCACAACCCGGAUAACAUUCACUGGUUACCUAUAUUCCACAAUUGGCGCCUAGCGAACGAGGGUGUAUGACUUCUGAGAUGGCAAUCCUCGUCUCGGUUGCCGGCUUCAGCCCGAGCCAGCUUUGGACCUGACACGCCAGCAGUCCAUCACACACAAUCUGAGAUUUUGCUACGGAACUAAUCCCUGGGUAUGAAGACUAUCGGGUACUGACCCGAGUCUGGACAUAGUCAGCUCAAAUGUCUCGUUAAAAGCGGAAAGUACCCGGCGACUAUGAGGAUAGUGUAUAUCUUCCAAAUGUCGAGAUCAUCAGAGAUAGUAAGUAAGACAACUCAGAGAGACAACAGGCUAAUAAGAUGCAGAUUGACUGGACGACCAAAUGGCGACCACGUUGGAGACUCGACGUGGAGCCAUUUGGUUGAUAAAUGCAGGAGUUCGUCCC